CGUAGAGCGUGUAUGCGAGUACAGUUAUUCCGUCGCGUUUUCGAUUCCCGAUGCGGGAAUAACUCGCAGAUCGUCGAACUUUUACAUUAUUUUAUUAUUAUUUUGUCGUUUCUUGAUUGGGUCGCGGGGGCUACGGUCGCGGACUUUUUUUCCUUUACUACUUCCGGUUCGUUCGUUUGUGAUUCUUUUUGGGUGUUUUUGUGGUCAUUUUUAUUAUUUUUAGUUGGGAGGCUUUUUUUAAUCGGAUAAGUAGCGAGUUCUUUUGAUUAAUACAUGCAUCGAUCCAAAAUAGACAUAGAACACGCUAUAAACGAUCAACGCCAGGACUAUCAAAGUAUGUUUGAUCAAAUCGCGUUAUGAUAGCGGAGGCAAUCUUAUCAGUAAGAAACGACAUGCUGAUCCGACAACGCUGAUAACAGUUUGAUUACGUGGGUUAAAAUGUUGUGGCGAAGAAGGUAAGCGAAUCAUGGUUAUUUUAAGUGAGUUAAUGUUGGUAGGUUUAUAGUGACUUUAAGUUGACGAUGAUUUGGAGAAGGAGUAAAAGCCUCCUUUGCAGAUCUUUCCUGGUGAAACUAAUAGUAAUAGUUGGGACAGCAUGGUUCACGAUAGCCAUGCUCAUGUUCAGGGACUCCGGCCCCUCAGAGAAUCAUCCAGUACAUCAACCCUUAAUCCAAGAAGCCCCUAAGGUUCAACACCUUGACCACAACCAAGUCGAUUCGUUUGUAAACCGCGAUGAGAACCUAAAUAGAGUGGCACUGCCCGAUCGAGAAGCAGGACCCGUGAUGCCGUUUAAAAAUGAGGAAACGAGUAAGCCCGCUCCACCCCCUCGCCAGCAACCCCCGUAAACGGGAUGAAUCCAAUUUGGUGCUAGCACCCCCGCAAGAACUGCCCGGUGAAAUGGGGAAAGCGGUGGUGUUGCCCACGAACUUAACUGAUGACGUGAAAAAAAUGGUGGAUGACGGUUGGAUGAAAAACGCGUUCAACCAGUAUGCAAGUGAUAUGAUUAGUGUACAUAGAAGUUUACCAGAUACAAGGGAUGAAUGGUGUAAAGACACAAGUAGAUACCUCUCAAACUUGCCAAAAACCUCCGUGAUAAUAUGCUUCCAUAACGAGGCGUGGUCGGUGCUGUUGAGGACGGUGCAUUCGGUACUAGACCGAUCGCCUCCAGAACUGAUUCACGAGAUUAUCCUGGUCGAUGACUACUCCAACAUGGACCAUUUGAAGAAACAGUUGGAGGACUAUUGGGCCCAUGAGCCCAAGGUUAAAAUAUUUAGGGCUCCUAAGAGGGUUGGACUGAUUAGGGCCAGAUUGUACGGUUUUGAUCAGGCAACCGGUCCGGUGUUGACGUACUUGGACUCGCAUUGCGAGUGCACUAUCGGCUGGUUGGAGCCACUACUUGACCGGAUCGCUCGCGAUCCUACCACCGUCGUAUGCCCGGUCAUUGAUGUCAUUGACGAUUCCACUCUGCAGUAUAUGUACCAUGAUAGUAGAUCGGUUAAUGUAGGCGGUUUUGAUUGGAAUUUACAAUUUAACUGGCAUGCCGUGCCCGGUCAUGAGAAGGAACGUCACUUGAAUACAGCGGAACCGGUUUGGAGUCCCACUAUGGCUGGUGGGCUCUUUAGUAUAGAUAGGGCUUUCUUUAAAAAACUGGGUACUUACGACGAGGGUUUUGACAUCUGGGGCGGUGAAAACCUGGAAUUGUCAUUUAAAACGUGGAUGUGCGGUGGGACCUUGGAGAUCGUUCCGUGCUCCCAUGUAGGGCACAUCUUCAGGAAACGCUCCCCUUAUAAGUGGAGGAAGGGAGUAAACGUGCUGAAGAGGAACUCUGUACGGCUAGCCGAGGUGUGGAUGGAUGAGUACGCGCAAUAUUACUAUCAAAGGAUUGGAAACGAUAAAGGGGACAUUGGAGACAUUUCUUCAAGGAAGGAGCUAAGGAAAAACUUGGGCUGUAAAUCUUUCAAGUGGUACCUGAAUAACGUUUAUCCAGAGCUGUUUAUACCUGGAGAAGCUGUCGCUAGUGGCGAGAUUCGCAAUUUAGGAUACGGCAACAGGACGUGUCUGGACUCGCCGGCACACCAGAAGGAUCUCCACAAACCGGUGGGACUCUAUCCCUGUCACCGUCAAGGAGGCAAUCAGGUAAUUUCUCACUCACUCUUAUUAAAAUCCGCGUUUCCGUUUCAGAUCGCCAAUCCCGAAACCGGAAUGUGUUUGGACGGGAUCAGUUCUUCGGAGGGUGUGACCAACCCAGUGGUGGGGGUAUGGCCGUGUCAUCGCCAAGGCGGUAACCAGUUCUGGAUGUUCAGUAAAGGCGGCGAAAUCCGACGUGACGAGAGCUGCGUGGACUAUAGCGGUCAGGAAGUGAUCCUGUAUCCGUGCCACGGAAGCAAAGGGAACCAACUUUGGCACUACGAUCCGAAUACAAAGCUGAUCCGGCACAACAGUAGUGACAAGUGUAUGGCCAUCAACAUGGCCAGGAAUAAGAUUGUGAUGGAGAGGUGCAACAAGGAGUUGACACACCAUCAAUGGCUUAUGGAGAAUUACGACGAAUCGAAGUUGAAUUGAUAAGUAAUAGGUCGAAUAUUUGUUUUUUUUUCCAUUUUUUUUAGUGUUGACGUUAUUGGCUUAAGGCCAUUAGACAUUUAUUAAAUGAAGGUGACUUAUC